AUGGCGGAGUGUAGUGGCGGAUCUGGGCAGGUUGUGGGAGUGAAGGGAGGGGAUAGAACAGAAGAGGCAGAGAGGGAUAUGGAGGAGGAGGAGGAGGAGGAGGGAGUUGCGAUGGUGAUUAUUGGUGCCGGUCGGAUAGGCCAGGCUUUCAUGCAAAUGGCUCCACCUAAUAGCCAUCACCAACUAUCAUCGCCUGUCCUCUACCUCACAUCCUUCCUGCCCCACCCCACCUCUCACUCCUCCCUCGACUUAAUACACCGCUCGUCACCCCCUCGCUCCAUUGCUUCCCCACUGCUCCACUCCACCACUGCUCGCCUCAGCUCCAAUACCUUCCCUGCCGGCCCCUCGCCCUCUCACCCCGCUCUAACUCCAGUUGAACACCCACCACUGUUGUGUGCCACGUUCUUUCUCCUGCUAACCAAUCUCCCCUCUUGCAACCCCCACUCCCCCCCCCUCCCCCUCCCAUCCUCCCCCCUCCCACCCUCCCUCCCCCUGCUACUUCCCACUCCCCCCUCCCGCCAGCGCACUGUUCCUGCCACGUGGCAUGCCCCUCUCAUCCCUGGUCCAGCUGUCGCCGCGCCAUUCGCAGGGGCCAAUCGUGGUGGCGACGCACGACUGCCACCUGGACGAUGUGCUGGUGCAGGUACGACCGACCUGGUGCUGGUGCAGAACGGCAUGCUGGACGGCUGGCUGGCAGCGCACGGCCUCUCCCACGCCGUCACGCGCCUGCUGCUCUACAUGGCCGCCUCUCAGCCUCAAGGGGACGCUGCUGGGGGGAACGCUGCUGGGGGGGACGCUGCUGGGGGGAACGCUGCUGGGGGGAACGCUGCUGAGGGGAACGCUGCUGGGAUGGACGCUGCUGGGGGGAACGCUGCUGGGAUGGACGCUGCUGGGGGGAACGCUGCUGGGAUGGACGCUGCUGGGGGGGAGAAAGUGGAUGAAAGGGCAUUGUGUGUGAGCUGUCCAUGCGAGCAGCAACACGGGAACGAGGAGACGGGAGGAGUGGUGUGGGAGGCGCCGUCGCUGUCCCAGUCACACCUGCCUGAGUGCUUCACGUCAUCCCCUCGCUACCCCCACGGCGUGCGCAUCAUGGACGGUGGGGGGCGGUCCGUUGCCAGUGGCAGAGCGCCUGAGUCAAGUCAGGAGUCACCUGCCACCGUCUGCCUGUGCUCGCACCGUCUGCCUGUGCUCGCACCGUCUGCCUGUGCUCGCACCGUCUGCCUGUGCUCGCACCGUCUGCCUGUGCUCGCACCGUCUGCCUGUGCUCGCACCGUCUGCCUGUGCUCGCACCGUCUGCCUGCGUGUGCGCAUGUGGCAUGUGUGAAGGCGUGGCGUGCUGGUGGGAGCGCGGCUGUGCUGCGUUCCUUCAUCUCUUUUGAGGCAUCUCAAAAACCCUUUCCGAACCCUCUCCCUCCUUCCCCACAGGUGGGCGCCACUGAUAGCGCGUCUCCUCUCCGCCUCAGCAGUCCCCUGCUCGCCCGACGCCCCCAGCACCUUCUGGGAGCUAGCCGGAGAGACGCUGCUGUGGAGCUGCACCUUCUGGCUGCUCUGCGCCUCCGCACCCUCUCCCAACUCCACCACUCCACUCCACUCCACUCCACUCCACUCCACUCCACUCCACUCCACUCCCCGCCCCGCCCCUCUCGCCCGCUGUUGCGCCCCAGCCAAAGCGCAUCUCUUUCCAGACACCUCAAAGACUCUCCCCAAACCCAAACCCUCUCCCCCUUUCCCUCACAGGUGGGCGCCACUGAUAGCGCGUCUCCUCUCCGCCUCAGCAGUCCCCUGCACGGUCGUUCCCCACAGCACCUUCCGGGGACGAGCAGGGGAGAAACUACUCUGGAGCUGCAUCUUCUGGCUGCUCUGUGCCGCCAGGGGCGGGGCUACACUGGGGAGAUGGUAUCUGCGGACAGGGGGACGGUGAGGGCGCUUGUGGGGGAGCUGUGGCCGCUGCUGGUGACGUUCUGGGGGGAGGGGGGGAGUGAGGAGGGGGAAAGGAAGGGCGAGGGCAUUGUGGGAGGUGCGAGGGAGGUAGGAGAGGAAACGAGGGAGGCCACGGGGAGCAGGGAGAAAGGGGAGAGGGAUGAGGGGAAGGGAGAGGAGGAGCGAGAUGAGGAGGGAGAGUACGAGGCGAUGUGUGAGCGGCUGUGCGCAUACUCCAUGGCUAUCCCCACAGUGGUGCCCAGCAUGCCCAUGGCUCUAGCCGAGUUCCCCUGGCGCAAUGGCUGGUUCUUGCGCUCCUGUUCCCCCACGCCCACACACACCCGCCUGCUCGCCUCGCUGCUGCCCGUAUACCCGGAUUGCCGUGAUGUCAUUCUGCCGUACCUCCCAGCUGAAGAGGCAAGCACGUGA